AAAUCGCCAAGCGAACGACUGUUUCCGAAUGAGAUGUGUGCCUACGUGUGCGCCAACCCGCCCCCUGAGACUUGAUCUUCCACCUUUCAGACUCCAAUCUUACAGCGUGCUCAUUCUGACUUUCUGCAAAGACGAAUGAGGGUCCCAAAUGUUCCAGAUGAUCUGGAAGCAGAGGCCGAGAAACGGGCGCGUCUUGUUACCAACAACUCUUCAUUGAGUCGACUCUUCCGCUCUGCAUCAUCUGCGGCCCAGGAUGGUGCCAGCACGCCGCAGCAGGUCGAGCAUGCCGUCCGCAAAAGUGAAAGUGGCACUUCUAUUCAUCAUGCUACCCGCAGCACUAGUUCUUUGGAAAAUGUCCACAAUGACAAUGGCCAGAGCUACGGCUUAUGGAGAUCCUUGAGCACGCGGCUAUUUGGAGGUCCUCCCCAGAACCGACGUCUUCGAUCGAUAGGGGUCACACCUACGGGAGAGAGACAGGCUAGACGGCAAGCAGCUUUGAAGGACAGACGAGCAGCCAUCGCCCAAAGUCGGAGAGGAGCAAACAUCCAUCCACAAACUCACACUCCACAUACAACAUCGACGAUCGCUUCGUCGUCUACUUUAGAGGACUCGACGCCAGCAGCUCAGGGCACUUAUGCUCGUCAGCACGUAGCUGAGCGUAUCAGUCUGGACAGCAGCGUGCCGCGACGCCGUCUUCAUGACGAACGAGGUGACUCUCACAUUGAUCGGUUCACCUCUCGAUCUCGGUAUGAAAACGAGCUCUCUGGGCACACUAAAAUUGAUGAGACCAUGCAGCGCUCCCGAGCAGGAGGGGUGAGCGUCAAGGACCUGACUGAUCAGGAUGGCGAAACUGCUUCGCAUAUGGCUGAUAGACGACUGGAGCGCCGCAGUCAACACAUUUGGUCGACUCUGGAGCGCCGCUUCACCCCAGAUGAGGUAGAGCGGCUUCGACGAAUGACCUCUGGCAUCAACCGCCUUGGAGAGUCUAGCAGCUCCAGUAUGACUCGAAGCCGCAGCAGCGCUCAAGGCCAAAAUUACGACGGCCACACCUCGCCUGCUGGCUCCCUAACCCGAAUUCAUCAGAACUCGUAUCCCUCGAGGUUGCAGACAACGACGCAAGCAUACACACCGGGACUAGGUUGGUUUGCGCACCGUACUUCUUCGGCCACCGCACGAGAUAGACGGCACGGUGCAGUCGCGGCCGCCGUCGGGGCCCAAGUCGAUCGCAGCCGUCAGCAAGAGCUCGACCGCUUGAACCACCUGGACAGCGGCUUCAGUCACCCUGAUCACGAGUAUCCUCGCUUCCGCUCGGAUGCUGACAUUGCCGCGCUGCAUGGCUGGCAUCACACUCCCUCAACGUCUCGCAGCCCCAUCGCACCUGACAGUCCGCAGUCAGGUCGCCGAGCGAGCUCAAGCUCUACGCCUUACGAGCGCUUGAUGGCGUCGCAUGGUGGCAGGCACGGGGAGCCCCACACUGUCUCUACAUCCAGCACUCAGACCGAGAGUGGUAAUUUGCGGCCGAACCGUGGAGCAAGCCCGGGCUCAGGCUCCACGCCUUACGAGCGCUUGAUGGCUUCUUAUGGUGAGAGCAGCGUCCAUAGCAUUCAUCGCGGACAAGAACAGCUUCGAGAGAAUGCACGCCCCGUCACGCGACAUGGUCGUCCCAAAAUGGACUUGGAUAGUCACGACGUGCCGCAUCAUCAGGAGGAAGAUGAUGGUCGAAUGGAAGGACAACUCCAUCCGGCGGCUUGGCGUGUCGACGAAAUGACUGGCGAUAGCGCCAACGACAUUCAUCACGAGAUGGCUCAUGGUGUCCGUGCCGAACGUCAUCCCGACUUUGUCCAUAAGCCAGGAGCGACUGGCUGGGCACUUUCAAAGCAUCGUCUGAGCAGGCGAAACAGCGGCGAUGAUAUUGCUCGUGUCAAAGGUGAAGAUGGACGCAGGGACUUCUCGUCGUCUCAAGCGAAGCUUGCGCUCGAAAAGAGGGGGCUUUUGGGGGAGCUAUUUGGGUGCUUCCGCAGCAGCUCUGGAUGCGGCGUAGGAUCGUACUCGAGAAAAGCCCAACAGCCACACACACCUGGACCAUCAGAGCCAGGCUUUCCCAAGCCAGCAGAAUGGGCAAGGGCCGAAUUACAUACCGGCGACGUUCCCAGGAGACUCGAGCCCCAAAAGUCGUUCGACGUCAAGGGUCUGCCGAUGUAUGCCAAGCUACAGCAGUGGCGAGCUGAAGAGAGCGCUGCAUUAGGCAAGGGCAAAGCGACCAUGCCUAGCUCGUCACACAGCCCUCCCAGGGCCAGUCUCGCAGAAGCGUCGCAUGGCGAGUGGAGGGAUGAUCCGGACACGAUGAUAGUGCACAAAGAUUCUUUGCGUGAGCGCACCAGCACUUCCCAGAGACGCGCUCUGCCGUCUGAACAGGCAGGAUCAUCCGCACCGACGCAUACUCGACGACCCUCUUUCGAUCCCGACUCCAUCUAUAUUCACAAGUCUAUGCUGCCAGAGGUGCCUCAUAACCUCGCGGGAGAUCCUAGAAUGAUGCUGCACUCUGGAUCUCUGCGCCAGCUUCAGGGAUCUUCGAGCGGGCGUCGAAGUUUCAGCCGAUCUUCAUCCCGAUCAAGCCGAGGAGGUUGAUAUGCUCGACAAGACCUCUUGUCUGUCAUCACAUCACUUACGGCAGUAAGGGGAGCAAUAUUUCGUUGGGUCGGGACUGCCCAUGCUUCCUAUCACUGGCGCAUCGAUCACCAAGUUUGUCUACAUAAAGGC